CCCAAAAAUGUUGUUGACGUUUCUCAUCAUCAAAAAAAAACCAAAAAAAGAGAAACACAGAAAAAAAAGUAACUACAAAAUAUAUUUUUUUCUGCGAGCGGAACGACCGACCGUCUCCGUCGUCAUCCAUUCGUUGUUAUUUUUUUUUCCGUCUCUUGUGGGUGUGGAGAGCUGUAAGAGUGAAUCAUUUCAAAUAAAAAUGAACUUUUAAGAGCUCAAUCACGUUAAACGAACGCAAUUGUUCAAAUACAAAUCAAAGGCAGAAAAGGAAAAAAGAAAAAGACACAUCACAAACAUCACAUUUUCGUUAUAUAUUCCCCCCUGCAUCAAUGCAUCCGCGCCUCCGAACGAAACUCGAAAUGAGAAUCUGGAUAAAGAUCAUUUAACACAUCAGCAAAAUCGUCAACUCGCACAUUAUGCUAAGCAAGACACAAAAACUUAUUUUAGGUAUAAUUGUUUUAAUACUCGUCGACAUUAUAUGGGUAACGUCCAAUGAGAUCACAAAGUUUCUAUACGAAGAUGAAAAAUAUGAUAAACCUUUCUUUUGUACAUAUUUUAAGACAUCUAUGUUUACAAUUUACCUAAUUGUUAUUGGCUUAAUAACACCAUGGAAAGAGGCAUGCGAACAACCGGGAAAUUAUUCGGCUAUUGACCAAACAACCGAAGAUGAAAACUACUACGCAACACAAGGAUCACUUAGUGAUCCAACAUACAUUCCCAUACGUACACCUGGAACUAUAUCCGGCACAGAGAGUGAUGACUCUGGUAUUCGUAUAGUGAGAUUCAAUAAAAUGGCUGAAGUCCGUGAGAUGUCGGCUCAUGAAGCAACCGAAGCGCUUAUGUCGCGUCUAUCUUAUGCAGCAAGUUUAAGGAUACGUAGACAAAGAACACAUCACAAGACUGCAAAGACAGCACUUCUUUUUAGUAUCCUUUGGUUCAUAGCGAAUUGGUUAUAUCAAUUGUCGUUGGAACAAAGCCAAAGUGCUAUGGUGGUACUGCUUAGCUCAUCAUCUAGCUUCUUUACACUUGUAUUAGCUGGUUUUUUCCCUUCGUCCACUGGUGAUAAAUUUACAUUCUCAAAGUUCUUAGCUGUAGCAAUGAACAUUAGUGGUGUUGUGACUGUGACAAUAUCUGAUAUCUCAGAUUCGAAGUUUUCCCGUGGUGUUAUUUUAGCUUUAUUUAGUGCAUUCUUUUACGCGGCGUACCUGGUCUUUGUGAAGAGAAAAAGUGACACUGAAGAAAAAGUAGACAUUCCAUUAUUUUUUGGUUUCGUUGGCCUCUGGAAUCUAAUGCUCAUGUGGCCAAUAUUUUUCGUUCUAAAUUUUCUUCAAAUUGAAACUUUUGAGCUUCCCAAUCAAAAUCAAUUUGCGGUGCUAUUUCUUAAUGGUCUUAUUGGUACUGUUGUAUCUGAAGCUCUUUGGCUAUGGGGCUGUUUUCUAACAUCAUCGCUAAUUGGAACACUUGCAAUGACAUUACAAAUUCCAAUGUCCAUUGUUUUUGAUCUCAUCCUCGAAAGGAAACCCUACUCAUCUUCAUUUUAUAUAGGUUCAAUUCCAAUAUUUUUUGCAUUGCUAUUAGUUGCGUUACUAACGAAAAACGAUGAUGCUGAUCCAAUAUUUUGCUUUUUCAAAUUAAUUCAUCGGAAAUUAUGUCGGUGCCGAAAAGCGAGUAUCGUUAGAAUAAAUGAUGAAGAACAACAAGAAUCUCUAAUUGGAAAUCAUGAUUAGGAGUAUAUUAUUCCCUCAAAUUCUAUAAGACUACGAGGGAAUAAUAAAAUCUAAUCUCCAGCUAAAAAAUUGUCACAGGAAAGAAAAA